CCCCACCCUUUAGUUGCCCUUUUUAUCCCUUAUUUUUCUCCCCACUCUCUCAUCAUACCCACUCUCUCUCUCUCUCUAUAUAUAUAUUUGUAGUUGCUCUCUGCCUACUUCGUCGCUCUUUGUGUGGGUUGAGGUUUUUUCCGUGCCGUUUUGCAAGUCUAAGUUGCUCUUACCAUGGCAAGAAAGAGGCGAACCGAACUUCCUGGUGGUGAGAGCUCAGAGUCUCAAGAAGCUGGUGGCGGACGAGGUGGCGCUCAGCGCCCUCCUCCUCAACAACAACCGCAGCCACAGCUACAACAACAGCCACAGCAGCAAGGGGGAGGAAGAGGCUGGGCACCCCAACGUGGGGCCUAUGGUGGCCGUGGCGGCGGCAGAACAGCUCCUCAGCAGUAUUAUGGUGGACCUCCUGAGUAUCAGCAGGGUCAGGGCCGUGGUAGUCAGCAAUUUGGCCGAGGAGGUGCACCACGCCGAGGCGCAUUUGUCGGUGGCCGCGAGGCACCUUCUGCUGGUGGUCCAUCUCGCCCACCAGCUCCCGAGCUGCACCAAGCUACUCAGUCACCUUAUCAAGCUGUGACGACUAAGCCUAGUUCGUAUGGGAGGCCCGUUGAGAUGCCAGGGGCAAGCUCCUCUACACAGGCACCUGAUCCUCCACAGACUUCAGAAGUAACUGAGCAGAUUCAGGAACUCUCUAUCCAGCAGGAAGUGACUCCAGGCCAAGAUAUGCAACCGGCUUCAAGCAAAUCAAUGAGAUUUCCAUUGAGGCCAGGCAAAGGGAGCUAUGGCACAAAGUGUGUGGUGAAAGCCAAUCACUUUUUUGCAGAGCUUCCAGACAAGGACUUGCAUCAAUAUGAUGUCUCAAUUACUCCUGAAGUUACAUCUCGUGGAGUUAAUCGUGCUGUGAUGGAGCAGUUAGUUAAUUUAUAUAGGGAAUCUCAUCUGGGUAAGAGGCUUCCUGCCUAUGAUGGAAGAAAGAGUCUGUACACUGCUGGACCACUACCUUUUGUUUCUAAAGAGUUCAAAAUAACACUUUUAGAUGAAGAAGAUGCUCCAGGUGGCACCAGACGAGAAAGAGAAUUCAAGGUGGUCAUCAAAUUUGCUGCCCGAGCUGACUUGCAUCAUCUAGGAAUGUUUUUACAGGGUAGACAAGCUGAUGCGCCGCAAGAGGCACUUCAGGUUCUGGACAUUGUACUUCGUGAGCUUCCGACCAAUCGGUAUUCCCCGGUUGGACGUUCUUUCUAUUCCCCACUUUUAGGCAGAAGACAACCUCUGGGUGAAGGACUUGAAAGUUGGCGUGGUUUUUACCAGAGCAUUCGUCCCACGCAGAUGGGUCUAUCGCUGAACAUAGAUAUGUCGUCCACUGCUUUCAUUGAGCCACUCCCUGUGAUUGAUUUCGUUGCCCAGCUUCUGAAUAGGGAUGUGUCAGCUAGGCCAUUAUCUGAUGCUGACCGUGUUAAGAUCAAGAAAGCACUUAGAGGAGUAAAGGUGGAGGUCACUCAUCGAGGAAACAUGCGAAGGAAAUAUCGUAUCUCUGGUUUGACAUCCCAGGCAACUCGUGAACUAACAUUUCCAGUCGACGAAAGGGGCACAAUGAAAUCGGUGGUGGAAUACUUCCAAGAGACAUACGGGUUUGUCAUUCAGCACACCCAAUGGCCUUGUCUCCAAGUAGGAAAUACCCAGAGGCCAAACUAUUUGCCCAUGGAGGUGUGUAAAAUAGUUGAGGGCCAGAGAUACUCUAAGAGGUUAAAUGAGAGACAGAUCACUGCUCUACUUAAAGUGACAUGCCAGCGUCCCCAGGAAAGAGAAUUGGACAUUCUUCAGACUGUGAAACAUAAUGCAUAUGCUAAUGACCCUUAUGCAAAAGAGUUUGGAAUCAAAAUUAGUGAUAAGUUGGCACAGGUUGAGGCUCGUGUCCUUCCCGCGCCCUGGCUGAAAUAUCAUGAUUCUGGUAGGGAGAAGGACUGUCUUCCUCAAGUUGGGCAGUGGAAUAUGAUGAACAAGAGGAUGGUUAAUGGUGGCACUGUGAACAGUUGGAUCUGUAUCAACUUUGCCCGGAACGUUCAAGACAGUGUGGCACACAGCUUCUGUCAUGAGCUUGCUCAGAUGUGCAUGACUUCUGGCAUGGCAUUUAAUCCUCAGUCUGUCCUGCCAGUCAUGAGUGGUCGUCCCGAUCAGGUGGAAAGGGUUUUGAAAGCUAGAUUUCAUGAUGUGAUGACUAAACUGCAGCCACAUAAGAAGGAGCUUGACUUGCUAAUUGUUAUAUUACCUGACAAUAAUGGCUCUCUAUAUGGUGAUCUGAAGCGUAUAUGCGAGACAGAUCUGGGAAUUGUCUCGCAAUGUUGUUUGCAAAAGCAUGUUUACAGGAUGAGUAAACAGUAUCUUGCCAAUGUUUCUCUUAAGAUAAAUGUCAAAGUUGGUGGUAGGAACACUGUUCUGGUUGAUGCACUAUCCAGGCGUAUACCCCUUGUGAGCGAUCAGCCUACAAUUAUUUUUGGUGCUGAUGUUACACAUCCUCAUCCUGGCGAGGAUUCUAGCCCAUCAAUUGCUGCUGUUGUGGCUUCUCAGGAUUGGCCUGAAGUCACAAAAUAUGCAGGUUUGGUUUGUGCCCAAGCCCAUAGACAGGAGCUUAUUCAAGAUUUGUACAAAACUUGGCACGACCCACAAAGAGGGACUAUGCAUGGUGGCAUGAUCAAGGAACUGCUUAUUUCAUUCCGUAGAGCAACAGGACAGAAACCUCAGCGUAUAAUUUUCUAUAGGGAUGGUGUAAGUGAGGGACAGUUCUAUCAAGUUUUGCUUUAUGAACUCGAUGCCAUACGCAAGGCAUGUGCAUCUUUGGAACCCAACUAUCAGCCUACUGUUACCUUUGUGGUGGUUCAAAAGCGUCACCACACUCGAUUGUUUGCUAAUAAUCAUCAUGACAGGCAUGCAGUUGACAGAAGUGGAAAUAUUUUGCCUGGUACUGUUGUAGAUUCUAAGAUCUGCCAUCCCACUGAAUUUGACUUUUACCUAUGCAGUCAUGCUGGGAUUCAGGGAACAAGCCGGCCUGCUCAUUACCAUGUGUUGUGGGAUGAGAAUAAAUUUUCCGCUGAUGCUCUUCAGUCUCUUACAAACAACCUUUGCUACACAUAUGCAAGAUGUACACGGUCUGUUUCGAUUGUGCCUCCUGCAUACUAUGCCCAUCUGGCUGCUUUCCGUGCACGUUUCUACAUGGAGCCCGAAACAUCUGACAGUGGUUCAAUGACGAGUAGCGCAGUUACUGGUCGUGGUGGAGGUGCAGGUGCAAGGAGUACCAGGGUUCCUGGGGCCAAUGCCGCUGUGAGGCCCCUACCACAGCUAAGGGAGAAUGUUAAAAGAGUCAUGUUUUACUGUUGAGAUUCCUUGGCUGCUCUAUAUGUAUUGAAACUUGUCAGCUGAUAUUUGGAUAUGACUGAUGCUACACUUUAUCUUUGCGUUUGUGCUACAAUUUAUGUUUGCUUUUGUGUUUCUGGUUGUGGCAUCAUCAUUUUUAUUUGGAAUCAACAAGCUUUAUAUUUAUUA